CCAACGAGGAGCCCAAGAGCGAGCGCGCAGCCCGAGAGCUCGAGCCGCCUCCGCCGCCAGCGCCUCGAGAUCCGCACCGGCCUCCCGAAGAGCGAGCCCCGGCCGCCGCGACCUCCAGCCGCGCUAACCGCCGACCAACCGCCACCGAGGCGCCCGAGGGAGAGCGGAGGAGGCGGCAUGAGCGAGGCGGGCGAGGCCACCACCACCACUACCACCCUCCCGCAGGCUCCGGCGGAGGCGGCCGCCGCGGCCCCCCAGGACCCCGCGCCCAAGAGCCCGGCGGGCGGCGGCGGCGGCGCGCCCCAGGCCCCGGCCCCGGCGCCCGCCGCCCUGGUCGCGGGCAACCCCGGCGGGGACGCAGCCCCCGCGGCCCCGGGCACCGCGGCCCCCGCCUCUUCGGCCGCCGCGGGCAGUGAAGACGCGGAGAAGAAAGUUCUCGCCACCAAAGUCCUUGGCACUGUCAAAUGGUUCAACGUCAGAAAUGGAUAUGGAUUUAUAAAUCGAAAUGAUACCAAAGAAGAUGUAUUCGUACAUCAGACUGCCAUCAAGAAGAAUAACCCACGGAAAUAUCUGCGCAGUGUAGGAGAUGGAGAAACUGUGGAGUUUGAUGUGGUUGAAGGAGAGAAGGGUGCAGAAGCAGCCAACGUGACUGGCCCGGACGGUGUUCCCGUGGAAGGGAGCCGAUAUGCUGCAGAUCGGCGCCGCUACAGACGCGGCUACUACGGCAGACGCCGUGGACCACCCCGUAAUUGCGCUGGGGAGGAGGAGGAAGGGAGCGGCAGCGAAGGAUUUGGCGCCUCCGCCGCUGACGGGCAGCUCGCUGGGGCCCUGAGUCAGCGGCGCCGCCCCCAGUACCGCCCCCAGUACCGCCCCCAGUACCCGCGGCGCUUCCCGCCUUACCACGUGGGACAGACCUCUGACCGCCGCUCCCGGGUCUUUCCCCAUCCCAACGGAACGCAGGCGGGUGAGAUUGGAGAGAUGAAGGAUGGAGUCCCAGAGGGAGCACAACUUCAGGGACCAGUUCAUCGAAAUCCGACUUACCGCGCAAGGUACCGUAGGGGCCCUCCUCGCCCACGACCUGCCCCAGCGGUUGGAGAGGCUGAAGAUAAAGAGAAUCAACAAGCGGCCAAUGGUCCAAACCAGCCACCUGCUCGCCGUGGAUACCGGCGCCCCUAUAACUAUCGGCGUCGCCCCCGUCCUCCGAAUGCUCCUGCACAAGAUGGCAAAGAGACCAAGGCAGGUGAAGCACCAUCUGAGAACCCUGCUCCAGCCCCCGAGCAGAGCAGUGUCGAGUAACAUCCGGCUCCCCAGGCACCUUCACCAUCAGCAGGUGACCUAAAUAAUUAAUGACCAUUCAAAAAAUAAAGCAAAAAGCAGACCGCAACCUUACCAACACCAAAGAAACGUCCAAGCAAUAAAGUGGAAGACUAAUAACCAAGACGUGGACAUUAGAAUGCUCACUACUAUUCUUUACGAAGCAAACAGCUAUACAAGGAAAGCGUCAGCCAGUUUUUCCAGCAGCUGAGAUCCUGGGAAUGCCUGCACGCAACAAGAGAGCAACCUCCCUGGUUUCAGCAGCCACUAGGUUUAUAUUUUUUUCCUGGUUUUUACUGUUUUGGUAAUAUGAAUUGAAAGAAGAAAUAUUAAUACCACAUGGGGAGACCCCCCCCCCCCAACCAAAGAAAUCUAAAAUAUGUAGUAAAUGCUUUUUUUUCCUUUUUUGUUCAUUUUGGAUGCUGGUGCUAAACUUUCAUGAGUUAAAAAGAAAUUUUAUGCCCUUCUUAUUUAUUUUGAGGAUGAGGGGAGGAUAACAGUUUGCUUUCUUAUGUGACUCUCUUUGAAAAUGUGCAGUAUGAAUUCCUCAAAAAUAAAAUUUUUACCCUUGAAAGGAAAAGAUGUAUAGCUGAAGUAUGUUUUCCUAUCUCA